UGUUAAAUUCCCAGCAACCUGAUGUUUACUAUUUCCUCAUAGCUGAUGUGACGAAAGGUCAGCGCUUUAUUUGUGGGACACAUCCAGGCUCCAAAGUCACCUUCGUUCUGCCGACGGAAUUCCACGGCGAAAAAAGCUUUCAGUCAUGCCACAAACGGGAGCAUCUUGGAAGAUUUAUCUCGGGUUCACUUUCCUGAUUUCUGUUUCAGCGAGUCGUCCAUGUCCCGCGCCAACACUGGAUGGCGGUUAUUUAGUCCCUCGACAAGACACGUAUUCCAACGGAGCCACGUUGUUCUACGCAUGUGGAAAUGGACUGAAGCCGGCCGUGGAGGGCUGGUGGGCGACAACAAAGUGUGAGGACGCUGAAUGGUCCACUCCACCACUAUGCAUAGACGUCAACGAUUGCAUCCCGCCAACCGUCCCACAUUCUUCACACACGCCAAGCCCAGUGAGCUGGUACAAGAACGGCUACACAAAAAGGCUAACAUGCGACCCGGGAUACAUGGACAGAAACUUCGACGCUACAGCUCGCUGUGAAAACGGAACAUGGCGCUCGCUGCCAGUCUGUGACAGAAACCCCAAAGCGUGCGGUGAACCCCCAAGAAUUCCCCACGCUGUCAUCGUAAAUCAGAACCCGAAGCAGGAAGUGUAUACUUCUGAUACGGAGCUGCCGUAUGAGUGUGAACACGGGUACAACGUACAAGGACCAGACACCAAGAAGGCCAUCUUUUGCAUCUGGGGCAACUGGACGGAGGCUCCAGACUGCCUCAGAGAAGUAAAGCCACCUUCUGAAGACGGCCGAUCCACAACAUCUACUGGUGGAUCUUCAACAAACAGCGGCUCAACUGACCCUGAAGUCACAACAGGUAAAAAACCUACACCCGACUCCUAAUCCGCCUGUAGAACCGUUCCAUAUUUUUUGGUUUGCCAGUCGACUGGUGCGGACGAACUCCCGUCGUCCGCCACGGCGAGGUCGUGAAAAGGAGCCAGACCUUUGUGAGCUACGAGUGUGCCAGGUACUACAUGCGGGUGGGUCCAGAGAGAGUGGUGUGCCACAGCAAUGGCCGCUGGUCCACAGCACCGACCUGCGAAGCGUCCUACUGCUCUGUGGACACUGGCAAAUAUCCACAGAUAAAAUAUGUCGGGGUGAAGUUUUUAAAAAACGGUGAGGAGGUGAAACUGGAGUGUGUGAAACAGAAUGACUGGUAUUUCAGUCAUUACACAGUGGGGAGGUGCACGGAUCAACGCAUCACUUUAAGCAGAUGUUGUAACUGGUGGGAUUUUCAGACUAGUGAGUGCUAAGACGAGGUCUGUGAGAUGGACAGCGCUCGGGAUCUUUGGAUUUAAGGAAUUUCUCGAUUCUGCUUUUUCAUGGAGAUCACUAUGAACACCUUUGUGUCUCCAGAACCACGUGAAUGUGAGACAACUAAAGACGAAAGGAAUCUUUAUUUUUUUAAUCCCGGUCAACAACCGGUAUAUUGCAAUGAAUUUACACAACCAAAAACCGGUGGAGUUGGCACGUUGUGUAAAUCGUAAAUAAAAACGGAAUACAAUGA